CGUCGUCUUCAUCAGUUUUAUUUCUCUCACACAUCACAUUUUAGUCUUAGCGACCAAAGUUUCGACCCUAAAUCUCUAGAUUUCCGCGAAAUCAGUCUUCGAGAUGUCGGUGGAGGAGGCCAACGUUGCGGGGGUUGUGGAUUCCGGUGCGGCUAACGCGCCGGCGACUGAGCCAGCGACCGAGACGAAAUCGCCGGUGAAGUCUGGGAAGGGAAAGAAAGCCAAGGAGACUAAAGCGAAGAAGCCUGCGGCGAAGGCUGCUCCGAAGAAGCGGAGUGCUUCGAGUCAUCCCCCUUAUGAAGAGAUGAUUAAGGAUGCUAUUAUGACGUUGAAGGAGAGAACUGGAUCUAGCCAGUACGCGAUCCAGAAGUUCAUCGAGGAGAAGCACAAGCAGCUGCCUCCUACCUUCAAGAAGCUUUUACUCCUCAAUCUUAAGAGGCUUGUCGCCGCCGAGAGGCUGGUAAAGGUCAAAGCCUCCUUCAAGCUUCCGUCGGCGAGGUCGUCGGCGCCAAAGCCGGCUCCUACUUCUCCGGCGAAGAAAAAGAAGGCAACCGGAACUGUAACCAAGCCGAAGGCCAAGGCUGCUGUUGCCGGUAAAGCCAAGGAAGCUGAGGGGUCUAAGAAAUCGGCGGCUGCUAAACCCAAAGCGGUUGCUGCCAAGAAGCCUAAGCCCAGUAUAAAGCCUAAAUCGAAGCCUGUUGCUGCUGUGUCGAAGACGAAGAGGGCGGCUUCACCGAAGACGAAGGCCAAGGCAAGGCCUGCUAAGGCGGCGAGGACAUCGACCAGAACAUCUCCUGGAAAGAAGCCGGCGGCCCCCAAGAAAGCGGCGGCGUCGACGAAGAAGGCUCCGGCGAAGACCGUCAAGCCAAAAACUGUGAAAUCUCCGGCGAAGAGGGCGUCAGCCCGGACGGCGAAGAAGUGAAAUGGAGAAUUAGAUAGUCGAAAAGAGGGAUACUUGCUUGGUAGCUUCUCUAGGGUAGCCUUUGUAUAAUUGAAUGACCCUAAGGGACUUGGUUUUUCAAAGUUCUUACCUUGCUUUUGUGUGUGAAAGCUUCCGCGUGUAGUUUAUAUAUUGCUUGAAAUCAUGGGGAUUCAUUCAUAGCUCA